GGCCCAGGCAGGGCGCGGCAAGAUGGAGGUGACGGGGGUGUCGGCGCCCACGGUGACCGUUUUCAUCAGCAGCUCCCUCAAUACCUUCCGCUCUGAGAAGCGGUACAGCCGCAGCCUCACAAUCGCUGAGUUCAAGUGUAAACUGGAGUUGCUGGUGGGCAGCCCUGCUUCCUGCAUGGAAUUGGAGUUGUAUGGAGUUGACGACAAGUUCUACAGCAAGCUGGAUCAAGAGGAUGCACUGCUGGGCUCCUACCCUGUAGAUGACGGCUGCCGCAUCCAUGUCAUUGACCACAGCGGCGCCCGCCUUGGUGAGUAUGAGGACGUGUCCCGGGUAGAGAAGUACACCAUCUCACAAGAAGCCUACGACCAGAGGCAAGACACGGUUCGCUCCUUCCUGAAGCGCAGCAAGCUCGGCAGGUACAACGAGGAGGAGCGGGCGCAGCAGGAGGCUGAGGCCGCCCAGCGCCUCGCUGAGGAGAAGGCCCAGGCCAGCUCCAUCCCGGUGGGCAGCCGCUGUGAGGUGCGGGCGGCGGGGCAGUCCCCUCGCCGGGGCACCAUCAUGUAUGUAGGUCUCACAGAUUUCAAGCCUGGCUACUGGAUUGGCGUCCGCUAUGAUGAGCCACUGGGGAAAAACGAUGGCAGUGUGAAUGGGAAACGCUACUUCGAAUGCCAGGCCAAGUACGGCGCCUUUGUCAAGCCAGCAGUCGUGACGGUGGGGGACUUCCCGGAGGAGGACUACGGGUUGGAUGAGAUGUGACACCCCAGGAAUUGCCCUGCUCCGGCUCCUAACUUAGCCACUCACUGCCCCUCCUGUGUGUGCCCAUGGCCCUCUUCUCCUAACCCCAUUUUAAUUUUAUUCAUUUCUUCUCUGCCAUUGAUUUUUGAGACUCAUGCAUUAAAUUCACUAGAAACCC